AUGGCCAGCGCUGCAGUCCAACAACCCCUCGCCCCCACCCUCGACCAAGUCAUCGAACCUCUCGCCCAGAAAACGAAGGUUCCUAAACAUGACGUCGCCACAGAGUUAAACUACUACCAAGACCCCGGUGAUGGAUCUCCACCAGUCCCCUACUACGUCGGACAACCAAACACCUAUGAGCGCCCCACAGUAGCUCAAAAGGUGGUUAUCCACGAUAUCACGGGGGAUGAGGGGGAAUACACACUUGAUAGCCAUGGGUUCCAGUAUACCAAGCAUGAGAGUAGGGAGAAGGAAUUUUUGGAUGAGGAGAAGAUUAAAGCGGAGUAUUAUCCUGAGGUGGAACAGCUUUUGAAAGAUGUCACGGGCGCAACACGCAUCUUCAUAUUCGACCACACCAUCCGCCGCUCCCCUGCCGAUUCCCGCGAUGGGACGACACAGCUCCGUGGCCCAGGGAAGAGGGUUCACAUUGAUCAGACUUACCAAGCGUCUGAGAAUCGCGUAAAGUAUCAUCUCCCCGAGGAGGCGGAUGAGCUGCUCAAGAAGAGGUUUCAGAUUAUUAAUGUUUGGCGCCCAAUAAAACCCAUCCUCCGCGACCCCCUCGCGCUGGCUUCCGCCCCUACUGUCCCAGAAAGCGACCUCAUACCCGUGUCCCUCAUCUACCCCGACCGCACCGGGGAAACCUACACGGUCCGCCCCAACCCGGAUCAUAAGUGGUACUUCAAGUACGCGCAGCGCCCGGAUGAGCCGCUGUUUAUCAAGUGUUUUGAUUCGCUGGUGGAUGGGAGGGCGAGGAGGGUGCCGCAUUCGGCGUUUGAGGAUGCGGAGUAUGCGGAGGGGGAGACGAGGGAGAGUAUUGAGGUGCGGACGUUGGUGUUUUAUGAUUAUUAG